GUGAGUAAAACGACGUGUCGUCCAUAGUGCUGAAGGAGAGGAUUUACACUUUGGUAAGUUUGUGCAAAAGAAAGAGAAAGUCGUCCCCAUCGAAAAGCAAGUUGAACCUUGCAUCACUGAAUCCCAGCUCUGUCACUGAGUCAUACACAGUCUGGAAAGUCGAAACCAAACCCUCGUGCCUAGUGUUUAACGAGAGUGACGAUGGUGGGCCCUAUUCCUCCAAUGAUGAGAUGCUCUCCCGCCGGAAACGCUUUCUUCAGAGCUCUCAAACCCGAUUCCCGCUAUUCCAUGCUUCCCAAUUCACUUUCACUCUCUUCAUCUAUCAACAAAGGUGGUGAGAAGGCAUAUGAGGCAUUGCUUUUGGAUGCUGGUGGCACUCUCUUGCAAUUGGCAAAACCUGUUGAGGAAACCUAUGCUACUAUUGGAUCCAAAUACGGUUUGACUGUGAAUCCAGCUGAGAUAAAACAAGGAUUUAAGAGAGCAUUUACUGCACAAUGGCCUGAAAAAUUACGAUACCAGGGUGAUGGAAGGCCAUUUUGGAAAUUUGUAGUUUCUGAAGCCACUGGUUGUGGAGACGAAGACUUUUUUGAGGAAGUUUAUGAGUACUAUGCAAAAGGUGAUGCAUGGCAUCUUCCUAGUGGAGCUUUUGAAACAAUGAUUCUUCUCAAGGAUGCUGGAGUCAUUGCUAACGUGAUGAGCAGUGAUACAGUUAAGAUGGCCGUUGUAUCCAAUUUUGACUCCCGCUUAAGGAAGUUAUUGAAGGAUCUUAAUGUUUUAAAUCUAUUUGACGCUGUCAUUAUAUCAUCAGAGGUUGGAUAUGAAAAACCAGACCCAAAAAUAUUUCAAGCUGCUCUAGAUCAAGUAAAUGUAGAGGCUAGCAGGGCCUUACACAUCGGAGACGAUCGAAAAGCAGAUAAACUCGGGGCCAAUGCUAUCGGGAUAGAUUGCUGGUUAUGGGGUAUUGAUGUAAAGACAUUCUCUGAGAUACAAAUCCGCAUCCUCAAUCUAGAGGCAUAAUUUUAGUUAUGGAUGCCAAUAGACAAAGUUUUUUGUGCUGAUGCUGACCAUUGUGAAAGUUGAGCUGAAAAGUGAAAGCAAUAAUAAGAGUCUAUGCUAUCACAAGUGAUGAAUGAUGUCACACAAAAGAGGACAUAGUCAAAUAAGGGAACUCCCUUGACAAUGAGAGAUUUUAAUAAUGUAUCGGUCAACGUACUCUACUAAUUACUAAUGUAAUAAAAAUGUAACAUAUGAACUGCAAUAAAAAUGUAAUGCAUGGUAUUAGAUUAGAUUAACAUGUUGUCUAAUAAAAUUUUAAGAAAA